AUGGUCUUGGACUACCGACGUCCCCGCCAAGACAAGACCGAAGUCGAGUGGCUUUCUUCGUACUUCAAAUUCAUCCUCGAACAUGACGCCAAGAACUACCAAGGCCGAUGGGGAGCGGACGAGAGGGCUGGCGGCCCGAGAGGGCGAGUCCGCUGCCGGAGUGCGUUGGACUUGUUCGCACUCUGGGCUUUGGCGAAUUGCUUUUUGCGCCUCUCUCGACGGCGGAUCGCCGGGGAUGCGCAUCGAACAGCGACCGUCUCGAAGGCGGGACCGGGAGCAGAGUUGACACUGGUGAGUCCGGUCGAGCAGCCGGCUGACAAGUGCACUGCCCAAGAGGAAGAGGAUCUGAAUAAAGGGACAUGCGGUGCAGAUAGCGCCUGCAGAUGCACUCCGGACCCUGAUGGUCAAAGCAUUGGGCCCUUCAAUCUCGGAGGGCUACGCUGCGCGGGGCAGAACUCGUGCAGGAGUGACUCCAAUGCCCAGGCGGACAAGGACAAGUUCUUCACCUUCUCCGACUCGAGCAACUAUCUUGAUUGCUCUGGCAGAGAGUCUUGCAGGGUCUUCUGGAACGUGCAGAAUGUGGGCGCCGCCUGCUGCAGCGACCAGAAUGCUUGUCACAACGAGGCCCGGAUCCACAUGGACACCUCGAGCGUCAGUCAGUGCACCAAUGACAUGUGCUGCUCCGGCAUCAAUGCCUGCAAGCAGUCUGAAGUCCGAGGUGUCCACAGCUUGUUCUGCGCAGACAACGGCGCUUGUGACCAGAUUGAUGCGGAAAUCACCGGGGAUUUCUAUUGUCAAGCAAAGCAAGGUUGUGGUGACCAAACCACAGGCGCAAACAAGGGUGGAUUUGCAUUCUCUUCAGGUGACCAUAGUGUCACAUGCAACAGUGAGGGUGGAGCUGGCGAUGACCAAGGCUCUUGCCAGAAAGCCGCGAUGACUUUCGGAGCAGGCUCAAAUGUCAAGAUGACUUGCACAGGCUUCAAGGCCUGUUUCAAAGCAGAGUUGACACUCAGUAGUGGCACCUGCUUGUCUCUAUCAUGUAGUGGUGACAAUGCCUGCGCGGACAUUCAGGUCGACUUGAAUGGUGGUGCAUGCUCAUGCACGGGCGUCAAUUGCCCAACGACCCGGCGUGCGGGUAGGGACAUUCCCGUUUGUCAAGCUACUUGCGCAGAGGCUGACGCGCUGUCCUCUACAGGUUCUUACUGCUGCGCUGGAACAUCCGGCGGGAAGCCAGAUGCCUCCAGCAUUGAUUGUUCCCAGUGCUGCCCCACCGUGACCACGACAGCUGCGGAUCCCGGAACGACAUCCACUGCCGCCUCGGGUGGAGAUCCUCACAUCGCAUCAUUUCAUGGAGCGCAUUACACCUUGUUGAAGGAUGGCAGUUUCAAGGCUUGGACUUUCACUCGAGACACCUCCUUCCACUCGAAACAUAGCUUGAAGAAUGCCAAGGUGGAUUUCCAGCUCCUGGCCAAGUACGGAGGCCCGAAAUUCGAAACUCGAGGGCUUUUGCUCUUGGACAAGAUCGCAGACAGCCUGAAGACCCUGGAGUUGACUUCAAAGGAUUGUGUUUGGCGUGUUCGGGAGGGUGAAGACGAAUGGCGAGAUGCCAAAGCAGAGCUUUUGUCGUCUGAAGAUCACGUCACGUCCGUCAACAUCAGUGAGCCACACAAGACAGAUGGGAACAACCCGCAGGUCGUGUCGGAGCUCUACCUGAAGAUGACAGAUCGUGUCGGCAUGCCUUCGGGCCGCAAAGUGGCCAGGCUCUACACGCAGUGUACGCCAGAUGAUCACUUGGACUUCAAGAUGGCCAUGUAUGAAAAGGAGGACAUCGAUGUGGUGGGUGGCGAGCUGGGUGUUCACUCUGAAGAGGUGCAGAGUGCCGCCCUUCUCUCCACCAACACCAGGAUGAUGCACGUGAGGACCGAUGACCAGUAUCAGGUGAAGCAGCCUUGGGUUGAAUUGGGCGGCACCAAGUCCGGAGCAUCGUAUUUGGAGUCCGAGACCGACCAUGCAAGUUCUCUUGUCGCCCUGGCAAUGCCUCCCUGCACAGAAGCGCAGGAAGAAGCGGCCGCCAGCAUUUGCGCCAAACAUUUGCCGAAAGACGCCAGCUCUGAAUCAGAGGUCUUUGCAGAUUGCAUCUUUGAUGUUUGCCAUGGAGGUGGAGAGAAGUCUGCUCAGCUGGCAGCGGCACUGAUCAAAGCCUAG